AUGCCGGGAACACGAGGCCCAGUGCCGGUACCGGACAGCCGCGAUCUCACUCUCACAAUCCUCGAACAGCUCGAGACGACGGACCCGCUUCAAUCAGAUGAAGCAUACCCUCAGAUACCGCAGGCCGAGGUCAAGGCGGCACUCGAUCGUCUGGCAAGCCGUGCCAUGGUCGAGUACAAGAAGAACGAUAGCGAACGAGUAAACUUGAGCAAAGAGGGUCAACAGAUCUGCGAUGAAGGUAGCCAUGAGUACAAGGUGUGGGAAGCGGUGCAGAAGGCAGGUCGCCUGAGCUUGAAGGACCCGGCGCUAUCAACACCCAACGCGAAGCUCGGUCAAGGUAAUGCCUUCAAACUGCAAUGGGUGAAGAAGGACGGCGAUGCCUUGAUCCCGCUCAAGGACACCGUUGUGGAUGCUACACGGGAGACGCUCAAGUAUGUCGCGGAAUACCACACCGUGCCCGACCCGAGACAGCAAAAGGACUUCCAGAAGAGAAAAUUGGUCACCACGGAGAAGAUCAUCACAUAUGAGAUCCGCAAAGGUCCCAAGUGGGGUAAAGAGAUCCCAGUCGAGGUUACGGAUCUCACUGCAGAGAUGGUCGAGGAUGGCAGCUGGAAGACCGCAAACUUCAAGCCCUACAAUUUCAACGCAUUGGGAGCGGAUCAAAAGUCUGGCGCACUACACCCGUUGAACAAAGUACGAGAGGAGUUCCGACGGAUCUUCUUCGAUUGGAACUUCAUCGAGAUGCCUACCGGCAGGUUCGUCGACACCGGUUUCUGGAACUUCGACGCUCUCUUCGUUCCACAGCAGCAUCCCGCUCGUGACAUGCAAGACACCUUCUACGUAUCGGAUCCAGCAGAAGCAGGUCCACCUGGACCUGAUCGGCUGGCAGAUGCUGCACUCGAGCAGAUGGAAGCCAAGAGCCAGCUUUCUGCCGUUGAGAAGACUGAGUACUCCAAACUCGACUACGCCCAAUACUAUCAAGAUGUCAAGGCUGUUCACCAGGAUGGCAAAUUCGAUUCUGUGGGCUACCGCUACCCAUACACCGACUCAGAAACUCGCAAACUUGUCCUACGAACACACACGACUGCCGUCUCGACAUACUGCUUGCACCGACUAGCCGCCGACCCACGGCCAGUACGCUACUUCUCCAUUGAUCGCGUCUUUCGGAACGAGACCGUCGAUGCCACCCAUCUUGCAGAGUUUCACCAGAUUGAGGGUGUCAUUGCAGACUACGGUCUGACCCUUGGUGGUCUCCAGUCUUUCCUUGCCAAGUUCUUCGAGCAGCUCAACAUCACCAACCUCCGUUUCAAGCCUGCAUACAACCCCUACACCGAGCCCAGUAUGGAAGUCUUCGGUUUCCACGGCGGACUGAACAAGUGGGUGGAGAUUGGCAAUUCGGGUAUGUUCCGACCGGAAAUGCUGCUUCCCAUGGGCUUGCCAGCCGAUCUCCGUGUCUAUGGUUUUGGUCUGAGUUUGGAGAGACCGACCAUGAUCAAGUAUGGUAUCGACAAUAUUCGGGCAUUGCUGGGUCACAAGGUGGACCUGAACAUGAUUGAGAACAACGCAGCUGUGCGUCUGGACAGGGAGGAUUGA